AUGAAAGCUCCCCAGCGAUUAUCAAAUAUCAAAUCCACUGCUGAUCAGGACCAUUCAUUCAUCCAAGUCUCUGUAUUGAAUUUAUCGAUCUUUGAAAAUCGAAUGGCGUCUUUUACUGAUGACCCUCGGGUUACCCGCCUCAACCGUUUCUUCCACGAUGUUAUACACGGACGAAGAACUCUAUCAUCUGCCCGAGAUGGGAAGACUUUCAUAGAAGCCAUUUGUUCUCAACAGGAUCCAGCAACAACCGUAUACAAAAUACUAUCAAGUCCAGCAGGUCUUAGUGGAAUACAGACUUCAAUGCGCCUCGAUACCACACCCUCUUUCCUCAACGGAUGUGCUGUUCUCUUGCUUCGAUACCUACAAGAGCCAUCUUUAAGAACUAUCAACUCUGGGUUGAGUCUAUCAGAGUUACUCACUGCAAUAGUUGAACCUCCAUUUUUUUGGGAUGGAUUCAUUCGGGCAUUCCAAGGUAUGGAACUGAAUCUACAGGCCUCACAUUCCUUUGCAUGGCUUCUACUGGAACUCCUCAACCGCCCUGGAAAGUCACCAACAACUUAUGUACUCGUGGCGAAAUCGCCCGGAAUUUUAGAUGCCAUUCUCAAAUCUUCUAAUGGAGACACUCGAAAUCUAGGUCAUAAAAUCAAGCACACGCUGUCUUUAGAUGUCUCAGAUCUAGAUAGGAAUCAUGAAGUCGGGCCAGGCGGAAGACACAACAAUGACCAUGCAAAUCACCGGGAAGUUUUGAUUAUGCCUACAGCCGAUGAGCUAUUGUCCAAGGAGCGACCUUUCUUGCGUACUCCCGAUACAUAUCUUGGAGACGUGGAUUCAGCCCGUCUGGGUAUUCACAUCGACAAUCAAUUCAGACUUCUAAGGGAAGACAUGCUUGAAGAAAUCAGAAAUGAGGUUCAGAAGCUUCAAGGCUUGAAAGCUGGAAAACAUAGGGGCUUGACAUUCGACAAAAUUCGUGUUGACGACAUAUACAUCGAGAGUUCUCUAUUCCGAGAGCCGUGGGGUCUCAGGUUUAAAUGCCAAGAUGAAUUACCAUCUUUGAAAAGGGUACACCCCAAAAAGCGUGUUGAAUAUCUCAAUGAAAACCGUCAUAUUCUUCGACAAGGAACAACCGGAUGUCUGUUUGUCGAUGGCGAACCUAUCGCCUUUCCUGCCAUUAACAGAAAUGAAGAGGAAUUGGCCCAAAACCCAGCGAAGAUCAUCUUGCAAUUUCAAGACGAGACAGCGGUUCUAAACGCUCUAGUAAAACUCAAGACGGCUCAAGAAAUAAAGUUAAUCCAGCUCGAUACGUCGGUGUUCGCUUUCGAGCCGUUUUUGAAACGAUUACAGGAAAUGAAUGAUGUCCCUUUGGCUGAAAAACUUCUUUCGUGGAACGAGGGUCAAGUAAUCGAAGGUCCAUCAUUUCAGCCCUUACAACUAAAGGAUAAGAUUCGAAGAAGUCCAGGGAAAAACCUUCACUCGCUCAUCCAAACAUCAAAAUCGGUCAUUCUUGACGAGGCCCAAAUCAAUUCCCUGCUUGCUAUUUUAUAUCAAAAAGUAAGCCUUAUCCAAGGUCCGCCAGGUACUGGAAAGUCCUUUAUUGGAGCUUUAGGGGCCAAGAUUCUUCACGAUUUCACUUCCGAAGCCAUUCUGGUCGUUUGUUAUACGAAUCAUGCGUUGGACCAGUUUCUGGAAGAGCUUUUGGAUAUCGGCAUUCCGCCUUCAGAUAUGAUAAGACUUGGAGCAAAGUCCACACCCAAAACGAAGAAACUAUCACUCAGAGAUCAACCAUCGUCCACGCUUGAUGCUUCACAAUGGGACCGAAUAAACAAGCUCGAAAAUAGUCUCCAGCAACACCAAACAAGAUUGGAAAGCGCUUUCAAACGAUAUCACUCGACAAAUGUUAGUAAGCAACAAAUAUUGGACUACCUCGAGUUUCUGCAAGGUGACCUUCCAUUUUUUGACACGUUUCUGGUAUCGACCACCCCAAUGGAUGGUAUGACCCAAGUUGGAAAAAAGGGAAAAGCCAUCGGCAAAUUUUAUUUACUAGACAGGUGGAUCAAGGGGGAGAUAACUGCCGGAACUCAACAAUAUGCUCAGUCCAAAGGUUCAGCCGAGGUUUGGGCAAUCAAAUCGGAGUUAAGGUCUACCAUUGUUUCGGGUUGGACAUCAGAUAUUAUAGAAGAGAUGGCUGAAGAGUUGCAUAAAAUUGGCAAGCAAUUCAACGCUGACCAAGCAGAAAAAGAAAACCUUCUUGGGCAAAGAGAUGUCAACAAGAUUAAAUCAAAGAGAAUCAUUGGAUGUACAACAACUGCUGCGGCAAAAUAUUCAGCCGCCAUUCAAGCUGCCUCCCCAGGUGUUUUGCUGGUGGAGGAGGCUGGAGAAAUUCUCGAAGCGCAUAUCUUUACAGCUUUAGGGAAGAACACACAACAACUGAUCCUGGUUGGAGAUCAUCAACAACUACGCCCCAAGUGUAACAGUUAUAGCCUCAAGGUAGAACAAGGGGACGGAUAUAAUUUGGACAUGUCCUUGUUUGAGAGACUUGUUCUUGACGGCUUCCCACAUGUCACUUUGACAAAACAGUAUCGUUCUAGACCAGAAAUAUCGUCGAUAAUAAGGCAUCUUACUUAUCCAGACCUGAUCGAUGCAGAUUCCACACGUAAUCGGAGUAAUAUUCGUGGCGUCCGCGAUAAUGUUGUGUUCAUAGAUCAUAGAUCUCCCGAACACGAUGUCACGGUUAGAGAAAUGAGGAACAAUGUCGACCCGACAUCUUCUAAGAAGAAUGAGUUUGAGGCUAAUAUGAUCUUGAAAUGUGUCAAGUACCUCGCCCAACAAGGAUACGGGUCUGAUAAAUUGGUGGUUUUGACGCCAUAUGUCGCUCAACUUAAAUUGCUCUAUGAAAAGCUUAUCGCAGAGAACGAUCCUAUACUCAACGACUUGGACAAAUCUGACCUCCUCCGUUCCGGGUUGUAUAUGGGCAUGGACGCUAAGCCUUCCAAGCCUUCACUCCGAAUCUCUACAGUUGAUAAUUACCAAGGUGAGGAAAGUGAUAUUGUUCUCAUUUCUAUGACUAGAAGCAAUUCCAACAAUGAUAUUGGUUUCUUAUCCCAGCCUCAACGACUUAACGUCUUGGUCUCACGCGCACGAAAUGGGCUCAUCAUGGUCGGUAAUUCUGAGACUUUCAUAAAUUCCCGGAAAGGAAAAGAUCUGUGGAAGAAGUUCUUCGAUUUAUUAUCGGCCGCAGGACAUGUUUAUCAAGGUUUUCCGGUGAAAUGCGAGAAUCAUCCUGAUAGGAUGGUAACUCUGUCGUCGCCGGAUGAUUUCGAAAAUCAAUGUCCAGAUGGUGGAUGCCAAGAAAAAUGCGGUGUCCUGUUGAAGUGCAAAAUUCAUCAUUGCCCGAGCAGUUGCCAUCAAGUUCUCGAUCACUCUAAAAUUCCAUGCAGAGUGAUCCUAGAGCAAAAAUGUUCCAAAGGGCAUACGAAUAAAUCGCAAUGCCACGAAGGUUCUCCAUCUUCAUCCUGCUCCAAAUGCGAGAAAGAAAAGAAGGAGGCCGCGAAACAAGCACAAAAAGAUUUAGACGAGCAGUUGCGACAAGAUGAUAUCAGACAGAAACACCAGAAAGAGCUCGAAAAAGUCCAAAAUAAAAUCGACAAAGCAUAUCAAGAAAUCCAAGACAUUCAAUUGAAAUCAGAGCAAGUAGCAGUGCUGGCACAGAAAAAGAAAGACUUGUCUGUCAUUGAAGGUCGUCUGAAUCAAUCAAAAGUAACUCAGUCGCUAUAUCCCACACCUUUGUUACCACAUCCCUCGCCUUCUGUCAUGACAAAUGCUUCUCCGAGUCCCACUGUCACCAGCUCUAAGUUUCCACAGUCAAAUAUACCGGCACAAAAUCAUCAGAAUCAUCUUCGGAUCUGCCUUGAUCAUAAUAGUUCAAAAUCGAAAAGCGAUUGGCAACGUCAGAAGGAUCAAGAAAAUGCUAAAAAUUCCGCGAUAGAUGAUAUCAUGGAGAUGAUCGGUCUCGAGGACGUAAAAUCUCAGGUUCUACGUAUCAAAUCAAAAGUCGAUACUUCGAAGCGUCAAGGAACGGAUCUUAAGAAGGAAAGACUGGGGCUAGUCCUGUUAGGAAAUCCAGGAACAGGCAAAACAACCGUGGCCAGACUCUACGCCAAGAUUCUAACAACACUUCAGGUUCUUCCCGGCGAUGAAUUUGUUGAAACAACUGGCAGUCAUCUUGCGAAUGGCGGAGUCAAAGCCGUUCAAAACCAUUUGGAAGUUCUUGAUGCGGCCCAGGGCGGAGUUUAUUUCAUUGACGAAGCCUACCAAUUGACAGAAGGACAUAAUGUUGGUGGUAAGACGAUUCUAGAUUACCUCCUUACAGAGAUUGAAAAUCUUGUGGGUAAAGUUAUUUUCGUCUUUGCCGGGUAUCGCAGGCAAAUGGAGAAGUUCUUCGAGCAUAAUCCCGGACUACAAUCUCGUCUACCAUACACUCUUCAUUUUGAAGACUAUACCGACGCCGAGCUUCUUAAAAUGUUGCAAUAUCAGAUACAUAAAUUCUAUCCAUCGCCGAUGAAAAUAGAAGAUGGCCAAGAUGGACUCUAUAUGCAAAUUGCAGUUCAAAGACUUGGCAGGGGUAGAGGUCGAGAGGGCUUUGGGAACGCAAGAGCUUUAGAAAAUAUGUUUGCGAGGGUCCGCGAACGUCAAGCAGAACGUUUAACGAAAGAGCGGAGAGAUGGCCUUGCCCCAGACGACAAUCUCAUUACCAAGGAAGAUCUGAUAGGACCAGACCCAUCCCAAGCAAUUCUCAAAUGCGAAGCGUGGGAUCAGCUACAGAGUCUGACGGGCCUAAAAUCAGUUAAAGACUCCGUCAGAGGAUUGGUCGACAUGAUCAAGACUAAUUACGAGAGAGAGCUCAAAAAGUACCCUCCUGUUCAUACAUCGCUUAAUCGAGUGUUCCUUGGCUCUCCAGGUACAGGCAAAACUACGGUCGCCAAGCUCUACGGUCUGAUACUUUCGCAUCUUGGUCUUUUGAGCAACGGGGAAGUGGUCACCAAAAAUCCCGCGGAUUUCAUAGGAAGUGCCAUGGGGCAAUCCGAAGAGAAUACUAAGAAUAUUCUCGCUAGCACGGCUGGAAAGGUUUUGAUCAUCGAUGAAGCAUACAUGCUUUACUCUGGCUCUGAUACGGGAAUUGGAGGUGCAGAUAUGUACAGAACAGCCGUCAUAGACACAAUCGUAGCCGAAGUGCAAAAUGUACCCGGCGAUGAUCAGUGUGUCGUACUUCUCGGCUACGAAGACAAAAUGAUUGAAAUGUUUCAGAACGUCAAUCCAGGUCUCACGAGACGCUUUAGCCUUGAAGAUGCCUUCUACUUCGCAGAUUUUAAUGACCAGGAGCUAGAGGAUAUCCUAAAUCUCAAGAUGAAGAAGCAGGGACUCAAAGCAGCUCCACAUGCAAUAUCAAUUGCUAUCGAUCUCCUUGGACGAGCCCGAAACGGUCUCAACUUUGGAAACGGUGGCGAGGUGGAAAAUUUGCUAUCCAGGGCCAAGCAUAAUUACCAAUCUCGGCAAUCAAAACUGCCAGUCAAUGAACGAUCAGUAAAUUUUGAAUUUGAACCACAAGACUUCGAUCCAGACUUUGAUCGGGCUGCCAACGCAGAAAUUAACCUCAAAGAACUCUUUGAAGGCGUUAUUGGAUGUAAUUCCAUUGUCGCCAAACUCGACGGGUAUCUGAAAGUGGCAAGAAAUAUGAAACGCGCAAGAAAAAGUCCUCGAUCUCACAUUCCAAUGAAUUUCAUAUUCAAAGGCCCUCCGGGAACUGGUAAAACGACGACUGCUCUUAAGAUUGGACAACUAUAUUACGAUAUGGGCCUUCUAUCAGAAGCCAAAGUCAUAGAAUGCUCCGCGUCUGAUCUAAUUGGUAGUUAUGUGGGGCAAACAGGCCCCAAAACUAUCAAGAAGCUCGAGCUUGGACUGGGCAAAGUUCUCUUCAUUGAUGAAGCGUAUCGACUUAAUCAGGGUCAAUACGGCCAGGACGCUAUUGAUGAAUUAGUAGAUGCCAUGACAAAGCCUAAGUUCGCCAAUAAAAUGAUAUUAAUCCUAGCAGGAUAUGAGAACGACAUGAACAGCUUACUCGGGGCUAAUGAGGGAUUGAACAGCCGUUUUGCUGAUGAAAUUAUUUUUCAAGCGCUAAGCCCCAAAAAUUCUCUCCUCAUCCUGCAGAAUGCUUUGGAGAAAGAGAAUGUCUUAAUCGAUGGUCUAAAGGAUAUCUCCACUCACCAACCUUUCUUGGACAUGAUUGCGCAGCUUUCAGGCCUGCCUGCCUGGGGUAAUGCAAGAGAUAUGAUCACCCUCGCUAAUAGCAUGAUACGCGCGGUCUAUCAGUCUACCACGGACCCGACACGCGAUGGUUCAAAACUUGUUUUAUCAUACGAUGAAGCUAUGACUUGUAUUCAACGCAUGAUCGAUAGUAAAAAAGCUAGAGCUAAUGUGCAAGGACAAUCUAGAUUCAAUUCGUCAAUUCCUGACCCAUUCAUGAGCAUGUCUCAAGAAUUACCCUCACAGCCUGCAAUAUCCAUUAAAACCGCCACUUCGAUCAAGACAAAGACAAAGCAUAAGGAAGAAAAAUACGCUUCGAUGUCAGUACCGGAAUUCAACACGACCGACGAUGAAGUUGCUCGCGAUCCAGGAGUUUCCGAUGCAGCCUGGAAUCAACUCCAACAGGACAAAAAGGCCGCCGAUAAACAAGCCCAGCGCUAUGCAGAAGAGAUGCGCAAGAAACAACAAGAGCUUCUCGCACUCCAAGAAGCCGAAAGAAAAGCCAGGGAAGAGGCUCUGCGAGAAAUCAAAGCUAAACAUGAAGCAGAACGUCAAGAGCAACUCCGAUUACGCGAGGAAGCACGACUUCGUGAGUUGAAAGCCAGGGAGGAGAGAGAACGUCUUGAAAAGGAACGAGAACGUAGGAGGUUGGAGGAGGAAGAGAGAAAAAGAAUGGAUGCAAAGGCCCAGGUUAAAUUGAGAGAGAUGGGGGUUUGUAUGGCGGGUUUUCAGUGGAUCAAACAGGAGGGUGGGUACAGAUGUGAGGGAGGCAGUCAUUGGGUUAUGGAUUCUGAGCUGGGUAUGUGA